AUGGUCAUCAGUGCAGUUGCUGGAGUCAUGGCGCUGAGCUCUGGUAUCUAUGGAGACGCGCUUGGGAUAUCUAUGUUCAAUCACCAUUCAACGUAUCGCAGUCUGGUUACAGUUUGGAUUGCAGCGCAGACGCUUGCGGACAUAUUGAUAGCAACGAGCCUAAUACUAUACCCCGCUUUUCCAAGCAACCCUGAAAAAGUCAAGCGACCAUAUUCUGGGUCACGCAGCAGCCACAUCACCGGAAAGCUCAUGCGGACAGGAUCCUUCAGCGCCGUGUUUUCAAUAGCUGUUUUAAUUCUGUUUUUAGCAUCAAAACAGACUAGUGUUUACAUUGUGUUUCUGCUUCCUCUAGGAAGACUAUAUACCAAUUCUUUCCUCGGAAUUCUUCAAGACCGAGAAAAGGAAAUUAAAGACAUUCAAGGCAGUGGCGAGAUUACCACAGACAUGUGGGCAGUACCAUCGACAGCACCCGGGAACCAGAGCUUCAGCCUGAGCGGAAUGCGCAUCCGAGGCGAAAGGGCCCUGUCUACCAUUGAGGACAUGAGUGACGCGGACAAGAGCGAUGACCGAUUAGGAAAACGUCGCUCGUCGGACGACCGAAGUCGGAUGGAUAAGAUAUCGGAGAUGAACGAGCCCACUGCUGUGUAA